GUUUUUUUGGUAACUCUUUCCUCUCGAAUAAUCCUCCGCUUGGUGUGUAAAUUUUUCAUCAAAGUUCUCUUCUUGCGAGGGAGAUCUAGGCUUUUGAACCAUGGAAAUGCUCUUCUCAUCACAUUUGAGUAUCGUGGUACUGUAUUAGGGGUUACAUCAAUUGUAGAGCACAAUGUGGAAGCAAUUUCUCAGCAAAUUGCCUCACAAGUCUUCCAAAUCCAUCAAUGCCUCGGACUCCACACCAAACCAUGCUUCCAGCAAUGGUUUGAACUCUGGAUGCUCAAUCCAACGGACAACCAGCAACGGAAAUGUAGCUUCAGGGCGUGCGGCAGCCACUGUGAAGCGUAUGUCCUCUGCCAUAUUCCCAUCUAGUGUUGUUGCUGGUAUUGAGCCUCUCCUAUCUUUCAAAGAUGUCCCUAAUCAUGAGAAGCCAAACCUUUUCAUCAGCAAGUUGAACCUUUGCUGUGUCGUCUUUGAUUUUUCUGAUCCUAAUAAAAACUCCGUUGAGAAAGAUUUGAAGCGGCAGGCCCUUAUGGAUCUUGUUGAUUAUGUGAAUACCACAACAAGUCGGUUCACUGAGCCCAUGAUUGCCACCAGCUGUAAGAUGUUUGCUGCUAACUUAUUCAGGGUAUUUCCUCCAAAUUAUCGAUCUGGUUCAUCUGGCGGCGGGGAGAAUGAAGAAGAAGAGCCAAUGUUUGACCCAGCUUGGUCCCACUUGCAAGGUGUCUACGAUUUGUUGCAUAGAUUUAUUGCAUCUUCCUCUCUUGAUGCUAAGAUUGGGAAGAAGUAUAUAGAUCACUCGUUCAUAUUGAGAUUGCUCGAGCUAUUUGAUUCAGAGGAUCCACGAGAAAGGGAAUGCUUGAAAACGAUCUUGCACAAGUGUUAUGGGAAGUUCAUGGUCCACCGGCCUUUUAUUCGUAAGGCUGUCAGCAAUAUAUUCUACAGGUUUGUGUUUGAAACAGACAGGCAUAAUGGGAUUGCAGAGUUGCUGGAGGUUUUUGGGAGUGUGAUUAGUGGCUUUGCUCUACCAUUGAAAGAGGAGCAUAAGAUCUUCCUCUCGAGGGCUCUCAUCCCCCUGCAUAAACCAAGGACGGUGGGUGUUUACUUUCAGCAACUGACCUAUUGUGUGACACAGUAUAUAGAAAAAGAUCCAAAGCUUGCAAGUACAAUAAUAAGAGGCUUGUUAAAGUUUUGGCCAGUGACAAAUAGCCAGAAAGAAGUGAUGUUCUUGAGUGAACUGGAAGAGGUCUUGGAAGCUACCAACGUGGCUGAAUUUCAGAAAUGCAUGGUCCCUUUGUUUAGGAGGAUUGCCUGCUGUCUCAACAGCUCUCACUUUCAGGUUGCUGAACGAGCCCUGUUCUUGUGGAACAAUGACCAUAUAACCAAUCUUGUGGCGCAAAACAGACAGGUGAUUAUACCCUUAAUCUUCCCUGCUUUAGAAAGGAAUUCUCAAAAUCACUGGAACCAAGCUGUUCUGAAUGUCACACUGAAUGUGAAGAAGAUCCUAACUGAGAUGGAUGAGGAAUUAAUUUUGGCCUGCCAAACAAAGUUUGAAGAAGAUGAAGAUGAACGAAUCACACUCGAGGAAAAGCGGAGGAUGAAAUGGGAGCGCUUGGAGGCUGCUGCUGCAGGCCAGCCGGUGACGGGGAACACCGCCGUCCUGGUUACGCCUUUUGCAACCCCCGCCAUUUCUGCUACUCUGGUUUAGCUCAGUUGUUUUGAUAUUGCCCCCUACUUUUAUGUUCCUUUCCUUACUGGAAUUUGGUGUGAAGAUACUGUUGGUGUGGUCUCAAAGGCCAUAAAGAUGCAGAGUAAGUAGUUCUCUUUAGGUUUCCUCUACUACUCUUUUGGUGUUCGUGUGAUCGCUCUUAUCAUGUUUGAUCUGUGUUCAUAACCACCUUCCAAUUUAUCUGUGAAGAAUUUCUACUACGCUCUGUUUCUGGUUUAUGUAUAAUAUAUGUGUUGGUAUACGGUUCACUUGUCAUAUUCUCAUAGAAUAUGAUGAAUUA